CUCCCUCCAGCGCGGCAUUAGCUCAGGAUGAUGGGGGUCGGCCGCGGGCGGGACGGCACAACUCCUGCUGGGGGAGGUUGGCGCCACGAACACGGGGAGCAGGAGGAGGGGGAGAAGGACGACCGCGAGGACGAGCGCGCGGCCGAGGGUGCCGCCGACUCGCCCCGCCGCUCCCGCAGCGCUGGCGCCCCCGCCGCGGGCCCGGGCACGGCGGCCACCAACAACUCGGCGCGCCUGGGGCCGCGCCCACCAGACCCGCCGAGGUGCUCCUCGAAGCUGCCGUCGCCGCAGCCGCUGGCGCCGCUGGGCGCAGCGCUGCCCGCCGCCGCCUCGGCGGCCUCCGCGUUCGCGGCGGCCGCCAGGGGUGGUCGAGGAGUGGUCGAGAGGGUGGUCGUCGAGAGGUGGUCGAGGGGUGGUCGAGGCGCGGUCCCGGCGUAGUCGAAGGGCGGUCGAGGCGCAGACGAAGCGCUGUCGAAGCGUGGCAGCGCCCCGGCGCCCGGCCCCGGCACGGCCGCGUCUCCGCGCGGGGCCGGC